GAUGACGCCGAGGAGCAACAAAAUAACAUUCAAUUUCUUUUCAACAACUGCAUUCGUACUGAUGGGCAUGGAGUAGACAUUCUUCUUACACAUCGUGGUGGCACUCAAUCCUCCAUUGACAUCGGACUCACUGAUCUUAAGCAAACGGAAGAAAUGGGUGUAUUUAACAAGCAUUUUAUGUUGUGGGGACUAGAUCCAGGAUUACGCGAUAUCUUUGUGGCCACCAAUGGUAUAGAUGGAAGCAAUCAACAAAGAUCAAAAAGCACUGCUGAAUACUAUACAGGAACUGGGCAUCGAAAACGACGACUACGACAACAGCAGCUGAAGAAGGACAACAGUAUCACAGACAUUGAAUCCAGCAUUCCCAUGGCAGCGACAGCAUCACCAGACAAGUGGAUCAAACGUGUUACAUAUAUUUCUGAACGACUGACGCAAUUACUUCGUUUCUAUGAUGGACGCUUUACCAGUGACAAAUUUCUUGCUUACGUUGGUGGUCAAAAGAUGAAGGAAGAACUGGUCAAUAGUUUGGUUAAUGGUGGUUUGAAAUACGCUGGAAAACCUGGAGAAAGACGUCGACGCCGAAAA